AAAAAAUUAAAGCUACAGCAAAAACACACAAAAAAUAAUUGUAAACAUUUUAUUUUCUAAAGCUCCAAUUUUUUAUAGUUACAACCCAACCAAUCAUCUCCGAAGUUCACUUGGGUUUCACAAAACCUAUCCUAUUGUCUCAUUUUAUUUGCCUCUUAUUCUAUUUUUCACCACAUACACAACCACACAAUAAAAGCAACGACUCUGUUUCUCUAUAACAGACUUGUAAAGAUUAACCCAAAAAUCUAAAAUUUAAUCAAAUUAACCAAAAAAUCUAACGGAAAAACCAAAUGGAUUUUUCAUAAACCAAACCAAACCAAACGAAAGUAACUGAAGACCAAAUCAAACCAAUUUUUUCAGUUUAAUACGGUUAAAAUGUUGUGCGGACCAAAAAGCAAUCGAAAAUUAGAAUACAGUAUGUGAAUCGAAUAAACCGAACGAACCAAACCCGCAGGCAGUGGGCUAGCCAGUUGUCUCUCUCUCUCUAGCAGAGCUGCGAAGUAGCGCGAUGGCUACAGGUUUCUCUGUUGAUCGGGUGUUAAUGGGUGGUGGUGGUGAGCAAAUGGAAAAGAGAUUCAGUUGGGUUUUGAAAAAGUUCUCAUCUUUACAAGAAGAGCGUUGCUACUCCCGCCCCUUCGCCGUCGCCGGGGUCAAUUGGCGCAUUGCUGCUGACUGCAAGGGAGAUAAGAACGAUGGUCACUUGUCCUUGUUUCUGGAGUUUGCAGACUCUGAGUCUCUGCCACCUGGAUGGACAAGAGACGUCAAGUUUAGCCUCACUCUCGUCACUAAGGCCUUUACCAAAUCCAACUUAGUAGUGCGAGCGCAACAAUGCUUCAGUGACGAGAUUGAGGGUUGGGGUUGUGAUAAGUUCGUGUCCCUUUCCAAACUUCAUGAGAAGGGUGAAGGGUUUCUGGUGAAUAACAAAAUCAUUAUCCUCGCUGAACUACAUGUCCUUCCAGCUGAGGUUGAAUCUGUCGGCAAAUCUCAGAGGGAUUCUUCUUGUGAAGCGGCGCAAGAAACUGAGGUUACCAAUUUAGAUGAUGAUGAUGAUGAUGAUGAUGGUCCUUUUGACGAGGGUACAGGUGGUGGUGUUUCGUCUAAAGAGGAUGUGGAUAAUGAUGAUGUUUCAUCUCCUUGUUUAGAUGAUGGAGGUGAGGACAUAAGUCUUUUAAACCACUUCAGUGCCUUGGAAGAGACAGUAGGAAAUGAUGGUUUAAAGAGUAACAGUGUGGCAGCUGAGACUGAGGUUUCUAAUGAUGAUGCACCUAAAGAAGAUAUCGGUGAUGAGUCUUCAUCUCUCGUUUCGAAUGAUAAUGCUAGCAACGGAACCUCUCUAGACAAAGUGAAGUCUUUGCUUGAUGUGGAAAAUGGUGGUAAAGAGUUUAACAAUGUGGCAUCUGUACCUGAGACUGCUAAUAAUUUGCUUACGGAGAUUCAACCAGCGAAUGUCAAUGGGUUUGACGUUUAUUCUUCUCAGGUGGAAUCAGUGAGCCUUAUAUUCAGAAGACACCCGGAUUUAGCAUCAGGCUUCCGUCCAAAGAACAGACAGAUCAGAAGAGCUUACAUGAAUGAACUCCUUAGCCUCAUCGAGAUGAUGUGCCAGUCACCAGAGAAGCUCUCCGAGGAUGAUCUGAGCAAUGCUGUUGACACACUGUCUGAUCUGAUUGAUGUCGGCUUUAAAUUGGAUUGGCUGAAGGUAAAGCUGGAUGAGGUUUCUGAGAAGAAGAAGAAGGAAAAGGGUAGCGAGGCUCGGCUUCGAACAAUGGAGGAACAGUUGAAGAAGCUGAAGCUAAUGUUCUUGGAUCUUCAAACUCAGCUGCAGAAGGAAAAGGCUGAGGCUUUGGCCGCAAGAACUUCUCUCUCGUUCAGUGAUGUUGUUUGCUGAUUUUGCGAGGAUUCUUGUAGAAUUGUAGAUGAAUCUUUUUUUCUUUUGAUGUCUCAGAACAAGUCCUUUUAAGUUCGUCCGUUGCAUUCAGUAGUGAAAUUAACCCUAAGAAGUAAUUUGCAAAUUUAACCUUGUGAUUAACCCU